GCAGCAAAACGUCAUCUUGUAAAUGGGCUAUGUGAUCUGAUUGAGCGCUAUGAAGAGGAUCACUGCUGGAAACAGCAGCGAAGAAUCGUUCUUAUCAAGGACGUUAAUGAGGGGCUAUCUUAUGGUGCUGAUACUUUUUCACUGCCACCAUUUGUUGGAUCAGUGCAUUUAUAUGAAAAUCUUAAACAAGAAAUCAAUUUGUUACGUGAAUUUGCUGCCGAGUUGUUCGACCCCGUUGCUCCUGUAAUGGCAACACAUUUUGGCAACAGCGAUCGAUUGAUGAUUGUUGGUGGGAAGGCUGUUUUUGAGUCUCUUUUCGGAGGUUCGCUUGCGAGUAAGCUCGAAUUGGCUGCUGUUUCUGUUCAAAAUUUCUUCUGA